UUUCCAAAUGUGGGAAAACUCAUGAACGGCAUAAGAAAUAUUAAGUAUGUUGACUUAGAACCAGAUACCCUAGAGGUGCUUUCUCUAUGUUGUGAAUCGAUGCCGGUCUUCAACAAUCUCAAGUCUUUACGUAUUAAGAGUGACAAGAAACGUGGAUGGCAAGCAAUGCCGGUUCUUCUAAGGAAUUGUCCACGUUUAGAUAUCCUGGUCCUUGAGAGGUAUAAUGGUCUCUUGCACCAUGUGACAGAUAAAUGUGGGGAUGCUUGUGACUGCUAUUUUCGGGAAGACAAAGGUCUUUCUCUCGAAUCUUGUCCCGUGACAAUGUUGGAGAUUCAAGGGUUUCUUGGAACAAUGAAAGAGAUGGCAUUGAUAAAGCAUUUCUUGGACAACUUUGAGUGUUUGAAGGAGAUGGAGAUCUUUGUUGAAGAGGAUGAACCUACAGAGCUCAGAGUGCCUGAAGUGGCCAUGCUUAUCCCGCAGAUGAUAGAAGUGUACAACAGCUUAUCAAGCUGCAAUGUCCAGCUCCUGGUGAGUGAUUACUUGUCUAAGAAGUGGGCUGCAAAAGGACGCCUUUGAAGAGAAAAACUUGUUUAUAGUUUUGCUAAAGUCACUCUGUUAUUUAGUUUCCUUUCAAACCAAACCAAUCGUAAAACCUUUGUUCUGUUUCAUCUCUUAUUUCUAAUUUUUUUUCAGUGAUUUACUAUCCGUUAAGCUUAAUGUAGGUCUUCAGAACAUCACGUUAAUGCUUUAUUCCAUACUGUGUGAAGUGUGAUGAACAUUUGUUUCAAGAAUCUAAUCAAUCAUAUACAGAGUAAUUUAGGCCAUGGCGUCUAUAACUAAAUCUAUAGAUCUGUAAAAAUAUCUGAACAGAUUAUGUAAUGGAGUAUUUCUGAUAUUUGGUAUAAUCCAAAUCCUAACGAAUAUCUUAAAGAAAUAUCCGAAAAAUUAAAAACUCCGAAAAUCCAAAAAAUUAAAGGUAAAUAUCCGAAAAAUUAAAAACUCCGAAAAUCCAGAAAAUUAAAGGUGAAUAUUUACAUAAAGAUUCAAAUUAGUAUGAUAUUCAAAACAUAAAUAAAUACUUUGAAUAUUCAAUUUUAUAUUUAACUUUAGUAUUUGGCUAUACAUUUUCAAGUUUUUAUAAUGUCUAUUAAAUUUUAUGUAUUAUUUUAAGUGAUUAAUUUUUUGUUAAAAAAUGAUUUUUAGUUAUGGAGUUCUUGCUGCAAACUAUGCUUAGGAACAAUAAUAUCUUUGACUUUGUUAUUAUUAAUAAAAGAAUAUAAAGAGUUGUCUUGUCUUGGUGAAUCCUAUCGAAAUAUUAAAAAGAUAGUGGCAGUCGUUCUCAAAUCAGUUUGAAACGUGAUAUUUUUGGAUUAAUACGAAGAUUAUCUCUUUUGAGAUUCAACUACUCGAGACAUAAAUAUUAAGUUUUUAUAUAAAAAAUCUUUAGUCACUUAUACGAAUAAUAGAUGUGUGUUAAUUUACUUUAGAUUCCUAGUGUAAUCUGUUUUACUUUUGUUUUGCUAGUUAUCAUUGU